UCACACCAUAUUAUAUACCUCUUCAACCUUCUUACAACGUCACCAAAAUCACGCCAUUUUUCUACCUCUUCGGUUUCUUCAUAUCCUCCUCAAUUUCUCAUCUGGGGUUUGCUCAAUUUGUUGAAAUCUAAUCACUUCUCUUCAAAAAAUCAAUUCUUGAUUCUGAAAAAAAAUGGUGCGUGUGAGCAACAAUUUAGUAGGAAUUCUAAACAUAAUCACAUUUCUGAUUUCAAUCCCGAUUAUAGCAGGAGGGAUAUGGCUAUCAAGACAAGCAAAUACAGAAUGCGAAAGGUUUCUUGAAAAACCUGUGAUCGCACUUGGAAUAUUUGUCAUGUUAGUUUCACUAGCUGGAUUAAUUGGUUCCUGUUGUAGAGUUUCAUGGCUUCUUUGGGUUUACCUUUUUGUUAUGUUCUUGUUGAUUUUGUUAAUCUUUUGCUUCACUAUUUUUGCCUUUGUUGUGACUAAUAAAGGGGCUGGUGAAGCACUUUCUGGUAAAGGGUAUAAAGAGUAUAGGCUUGGUGAUUAUUCUAAUUGGUUACAGAAAAGAGUUAAUAAUCAUUGGGGUAGGAUUCAGAGUUGUUUGCAGGAUAGUAAGAUCUGCAAAACUUUGAUUGAUGAUGGGUCUAGCACAAAAGUUGAAGAUUUUUACAAGAAACAUCUCUCUGCUCUUCAGGUAUAUAUUUAGUAACCUUUUUUAUUUGAUUACAACCGAGGUAGACUUGGCCGUAGCCCGUAAAGUUGCUUCCAUAUGACCAAGAGGUUACUAGGUUGAGUCGUGGAAACAGCCUAAGGCUGCGUACAACAGACCCUUAUGGUCUGCCCCUUUUCCGGACUCGCGCAUAGCGGGAGCUUAGUACACUAGGCCGCUUUUUAAAAAUAAAUUUUGAUUGGAUCAUUUUCUUGGUGUAAUUUUUGGUACAUUAAUAAAUUGAGAGCUUUUGAUA